UCAUAGAAAGUAUGACCGGCUUUCUGUAAUAUAAGUAAUUUUUUAAUUGUUCUAUUUGACUUGCACUCAAAGACAAGAUAUCUUCAGUUUCAUACACAUACUUGUUAUAGAAGUAUCCUUAACUAAUCAAGAGUUAUGGGGCAAACCCUCUCUGAGCCCGUGACAGAGAAGCAGUCGUCAACAUGCCAGGACUCCAGAUAUCUUGUGGGGUCCUCAUGUAUGCAAGGAUGGCGUGUAUCAAUGGAUGACUCACACACACAGAUAUUAUCACUGCCUGAUGACCCUGGUACAGCAUACUUUGCAGUUUAUGAUGGCCAUGGAGGGUCAAACAUAGCUGAAUAUGCAGGGAAACAUCUACACAAAUUCAUAAUGGCAAGACCUGAGUAUCACCUUGGAAAUAUUGAGGAAGCAAUGAAACAGGGUUUUCUUGACCUAGAUCAGGCAAUGUUGGAAGAGAACAUGCAAGAGAAGGUAGCAGGUAGCACAGCAGUGGCGGUGCUUAUAAAAGACAACACACUGUAUUGUGCUAAUGUUGGCGACUCCCGAGCUAUAGCCAGUGUCAGGGGUGCGGUCGAGGUCCUGUCAUAUGAUCAUAAACCAUAUCAUAAAGAGGAACUCCGUAGAAUAACAGCAGGCGGGGGAUGGGUACAGUUGAAUCGUGUGAAUGGAAAUCUAGCCCUCUCUCGUGCAUUGGGCGAUUACAUUUUUAAGCGUAAUUACCGCAUGUCACCCCGGGACCAAAUAGUUACAGCAUAUCCAGAUGUUCAAGUGAGGCAACUCAAUGAUGACUGGGAAUUUAUUGUGAUUGCAUGCGAUGGUAUUUGGGAAGUUUUGUCCAAUGAGGAGGUUUUAUCAUUCUGUCGUGUGAGGUUGUUAAGUGGUUGGGAACCCGCUGCCGUCUGUGAGGCUCUGAUGCAAGUAUGUUUGGCUCCCAAUUGCGCGACUGGAGGUCUAGGAUGUGACAACAUGACCGUUUUGAUUGUGUGCCUGUCUCCAUUCCCGAGAGCUGAUAUGGUGAAACCUUUGCCAGAAGAACAGGUGUUAAAUAACAAAUUUAUGACUAAAAUGGAGGAUUUGCUUUACGUCGAGGAAGAGGAAGAUUUAAAGUGAGGAGUUUUAGGAUAUAUAAUAAACGUUUGUAAAUAGUCUUUAGACUGGGUGUUUAUUAUAAGGAGCUUCGUAUACAAUUUAUUAUUCCUUAUUAGUAUACUAUCUAAUAAAACAAGUUUGGUAUCAAGGAGUUAUAAGGAAAACCAAACUGUCUAAAAUGGCGGGAAAAUAGGGGUUUAUUAAAAAUUGAAAUUAGUUAAAUUUUAAUUUAGAAUUGUAACUAAUUACGUUCUAUUGUAAUUAUAUUAACGCAUAUAAGAAAUUGCUUUAUAUUGACGUUACAUCGAAACAAAUUUUAGCUAAUAUGCACAUAUGCACAUUAUAGAAUAAAAAAUCGUAU